CCGAGCAGAGCAGAGCCCAGUCAGCCCGAUAGAGAUGUUAACUAAGCGAGAGCCCGCGAGCCUCCCACCGGAGCAUCAGUAGACUCCGCGCCUUGCCCUGCUCCCACGGCCCGCGCCCCCUGCCCACCCAUCGGGCCCCCGAUCGGUGGCACAGGCUGCAUCUCUGCACGGGCAGGCGGCUGCCCGGGAUGGGCACGGGCUCUGCCCCCUGCCCAGCCUCGGCUGCGUGAGUGGGAGGCUGCUGCGGCCACCGCUCUAGCCAUCCUGGCUCGGGGGGCGCCAGUGCUGCUGCUGCGGCUGCAUUGGGGGGCGCAGGCCCCCCACCCCGUCUCCGCUGCUCCCCACAGUUACUUUUCCUCCCCCCUGCGGCUUCUCGCCCGGGCAGGGAAAAUAACAGUGAGCUCAGAGCUCAGCUCGGGGAAGAGCUAGCUUCUGUUUUUUUUUUCUUUUAAACACACACACACACACACACACACAAUUAUACACACGUAUACGCACACACGCGCGUACACACACACACACACACACACACACACACACACACGGAUCUCCUCCGCGCAAUUGCAGCAAUCUUAGACCUGGAAGGAGCUUGGGGCAGCACGGAGAGCCCGGCUGGGCUCGAGCGAUGAGGGGAAGAGAUUGGCUAAGCUCGCUGCACAUCUACUGGCAGAGUUGGGAGGCUCCGGACGACCCUACAGGGACCUGGCCCUAGGAACACUCAUGCAAGGAGAUCUGUUAGCCCAAAGCUCUCCAUCGCUGUGUUGGUGUGCACCUGGAGAGUCCACUGAGCCUUUACCCUCUGUGGAGGGAGCCAAAAGUCACCAGCCCUACAAUCUCAGGCUGAGAAAUUGGGAGAAGAAACUUGAACCAGCCAAUUAACUUUCAAGCUGCCUUUCUGUAACAAGAUCCUUCCUUCUCCAGAACUUUCAGAGCUGAAGAAUCAAAUGUAGCAAAAGAAGAAUACCCGUGAUAUGUUCUGAGGACAGAAUCCUUCUUUCCUUAGCUCAAAACAUCCAGCAGAAGCCCAGGUGAUGUUCUCCUCACACCCACCUUUUCUAGUUUCUUCUUCCUUAAAGAUCCAUCUUCAGCCAGUGUUGGACAUGAGCUAACAGUCCUGCUAGACUGUUCUGUCAUUUCAACCUCCCUUGGAAAGAGGUCUUGACCUUGACUGUGUUAGCCCAAACUUGUAGAGAUUAGGAGCUAUUCAUAGUCUUAUCUAAGCCAUAACAAGCAGUACACCCACCUAGACCUACCUUGGGUCUACGGCUGCCUGCUUUGGAUGAGAAUUCUCCCCUCCCAGUCCUCUACCACAUGACUCCUUCCCUCUUUGAGUCCCACAACUAGACCCCAAGAGGUGAGUCCGGAAUGAACCUGCUAUGGCCAAACUCUGGGUCAAGUUCCAGCGGUAUUUUCGAAGGAAACCAGUCCGUUUCUUUACCUUGGUGGCUCUCUACCUGACAGCUGGGAGCCUGGUUUUCCUGCACACAGGCUUUGUGGGCCAGCCUGCUGUGGCUGAGAAUGAGCCCAACCCAGCUGCCAGUGCCCCUGAGGGAGCUGAGCUGCCAUACCAGGACCUCCUGCACCUGGAGAGAGGCUUCCGGGAGACCCCUGAGUCUCCGAAUGCCAUCCGCAGAUAUGGCCCUUGGCUCAAGAGCACCUCAUCAAAGGAUUCACCAGAGCGGAGCAGGCUGGGAGACUAUGGUGGGACUUGGAGCCGGGCCCUCAAAGGGAGAGUCCUCAGGGAGAAAGAGGAAGAAAGAGCGAAAUACGUCGGCUGCUACUUGGACAACCCCAGCAGACGGGCCCUCCGAGGACUAUCCUUCUUUGACUACAAGAAGAUGACAGUCUUCCGCUGCCAGGACAGCUGUGCUGAGCGGGGUUACCUGUAUGCCGGGCUAGAGUUUGGUGCCGAGUGCUUCUGUGGCCACAAGAUCCAGGGGGCAAAUGCAAGCCAGGCUGAAUGCAACAUGGAGUGCAAGGGUGAGAAGAUCAACAUAUGUGGUGGUGUCAACCGACUCUCCAUCUAUCGGCUUGAGCUGGCCCAGGAAUCCGCCCGGCGAUAUGGCAGUGCCAUAUUCCGAGGCUGCUUCCACAGGCCUGACAACCUCUCCUUGGCUUUACCUGUGACAGCCAUGAUGUUGAACAUGUCGGUGGACAAAUGUGUCGACCUCUGCACAGAGAAAGUGAUACCCCCCUGGCAGCCCUGGGGGGGGAAGGCCUGCCACUGUGGUUUCCCCAAUACUCGCUUCCGCCUUCACGAUCAGGAAGAUGAGCAGCUCUGUGCCCAGAAAUGUGGUGGCGAAGAGUAUGAGAGCUGUGGGACGACCAAUUAUUUCAUCGUGUACCAGACGCAAGUGCAAGACAACCGCUGCAUGGACAGGCGGUUCCUCCCAGGGCAGUCCAAAGAGCUCAUUGCCCUGGCCAGUUUCCCGGGUGCAGGCAACACAUGGGCCCGGCACCUCAUUGAGCUUGCCACUGGCUUCUACACGGGUAGCUACUACUUUGAUGGCUCCCUCUAUAACAAAGGGUUUAGGGGUGAGAGGGACCACUGGAGAAGUGGGAGGACCAUUUGCAUCAAGACCCAUGAGAGUGGCCAGAAGGAGAUUGAAGCCUUUGACGCUGCCAUCUUGCUCAUCCGAAACCCCUACAAGGCCCUCAUGGCAGAGUUCAACCGCAAAUAUGGUGGCCAUAUUGGCUUCGCCUCACAGGCCCACUGGAAAGGCAAAGAGUGGCCAGAGUUUGUGAAGAAUUAUGCACCAUGGUGGGCCACGCACACAUUGGACUGGCUGAAGUAUGGCAAGAAGGUGUUGGUGGUGCAUUUUGAAGACCUCAAGCAGGACUUGUUCACCCAGCUGGAGAGGAUGGUCAGCCUCUUAGAUGUGGAUGUCUUAGAGGACAGGCUCCUGUGCGUGGAGGGCCAGAAGGAUGGAAACUUUAAGCGCUCAGGGUUGAGAAAGCUAGAGUAUGACCCUUAUACUCCUGAGAUGCAGAACACCAUCAACUCCUACAUCAAGAUGGUGGACAGGGCCCUCAAACUGAGGAACCUCACGGGAGUCCCAGAUGACUACUACCCAAGAUGAUGAGGAGGCCUGUGGGGAGACCAGGAUAGCAAGGGUGGGGAGGGAGGAGGACCAGGGAUCCCCGCAGAGUAGGCCAGCUCCAUACUCUGAGAGCUAGCCAGAUGGUUGGGCUAAAUUUCGGUCUUGGCUUUUGGAUGACCCAUUUUGCUGCUAUGCCCAUUCAGGAGUUCCCUGCAUGAAAACAAACUCAUCCCUAAAAGGUUGUUCAGACAUUUCCAUUCAUCCAAUAGUUAUUCAGGCACAUGAACACACACACACACACACACACACACACACACACACACACACAUUUCAGCG